AUGCAUCCAGAGGUGGUUCUCGCUGUACUCCUUCCACACCCGGUUGAAGUUGCUCGUGUUGGAAGUUGUUGGGACACGUUUUGCGGAAAGACGGCCGUCGUGAAACAAGGCCUAAGCCGCAUCAGCAGUCUCAUCCCAUACGACGUAAUGACCUUCGAGACAUGGGACUACAUAAUGCCCUACUGGUUGGAGUCCAUUCGCACAGAAGUCAAACCAGACGAAUACCGUGAGCUAGAGGUUUUACUGAAGAAAGUGUUUGACGCCACUGCCGGUCCUUUUCCUUUUCUUCCGGCCAAAGUUUACCACUUCGCCAGCGAACGCUUCCUAGACGCCACUGUUCCCGUUCAAGACCAAGUUCUAUCUUGGCUGGAAAUUUUGACGGCUGUCGAGGUGGCGAUUCCAGUAAAAGAACUCUUCACAAUGUUCCGCAGUGGGGUUUCGGCUUUUCACAAAGCUGGAGUUCUCAGUGACACGAUCUGCCUCGAGGAAUGCCAUUCACUGCAGCGUCAGUCGACGUGGUUCGGGGACGACAACGAAUACGAUCUUGAAAACUUCGCCUUCUCCAACGCCGACAGCUUCGCCUCCGACGACGGCGAUGGGGGUGGCGGAGUGGACAGUGAAGACGGCGACACCAACCUCCUAGACGAGAUGGAGGAAGAGUGCGAAGACAACGACGAUGAGGAGGAAGGCAAGCAGCAAUUCAUGCUUUUACUGCCUUAAGAAGCCGGAGACGGACUCCAAAGCCCCAGCCAACCUGAGGAAGUCGGAGACGCCGAUGAAUUCGAGGCGGUAGCCACCAGCGCUGUCGACGCCGACGAUUCAGCCGGUCUCUUGGCUCCGGGGACAAAGUCUGCAACCGAUAAACAGAGUCGAAAGAAAUCCUCUUCUCGCGAUGCCAUUCGCUUCUUCCUUGGCGAGAAAAAGGGCCUAAAAGAAUCCGUCAAUCGGAAGGUCUCCGAGGAGCUCAACCAGCUGGCAGAGGGUGUGAAACGGAGUUCCGAGGGUAAGACCCGUCCCGCCUUGCCGAACAUGGUCGUGUCGAACGCGAAACGCCAAUCACGACGCUUCUCCAUGCUGAGCCGCCGAAAGCUCCGGGCUAAUUUCUGGACUGAUAAGACAACUGUGGUCUACAGAUCAACGCGUUGCCUGGGACAAAUGCUUCACCUUGUCAUUAAGCAGGUUAGCGCAAUCAAUACAAUAAUGCAUUAUAUUGAAGGUCUGAAGCUCACUGAUCCGUUCGGUCACGCGGGGUUUACGCAAGAAGCUCCUCAGCUGGUGCUCGCUUUGCUCAGCGACAUGCUUCACCUCACGUGGAUGCCAGCAGGCCUUCGAGGUGAGGGGUCGCGUUUGCCGCGUAAUCGCGCUCCAGCCGGGGGACACGGCAGCAGCAGCAGCAGUUGUCUGGGUCAUUGCACAGCCCCUGCUCCCGUGGCCAAUUGUCAAAACCCCCCAGCUGCUGGCGGAGCAGGCGGGAGUCUGGCAGCCCUCUUUUCAGCCACCCAGUCCACGGCCGGCCAGGUGGACGAUGACUUCUGCGCCUACUGCCAGGACGUCUGUUGGUGGUUUGAAAUGGCCAGUCAGUUGUGCUGCCACAUUGCGCCGGCGUCACCACCGGCUCUGCCGAAACUCGAAUUAUCGGCUACUGCAAUCGGUGCUUUCUUGAUUCCACCUGCCUUCCCAAAAUGGUGCACUGGCUUGGCUGCCAGCGAAAUUGCGAGGCGUACAGAGGUAAAGAACUUGGGUUUUGUGAGCGACGAUCAUUCCCAGCCACCGACAGCCAUGGAUACUGACUCGACAGAACCCUCGGAAGCCGACCUACAGAGCUUCCCUCCAACACUUCGGUUCAUCUACCAGCUCCUUCGCUGCCUCAUGGGGAAGUGGGGCUGUGCUGGAGUCUCCUACGUCCCCAAGCCACAAACUUCAGGCGAGGACUCAGAUGGAACGCAAGUUGUUUACGAAGGCAGGACCCCACGCGACCCAGUGGUGCUGCGACACCUACUCGAGUGCCUCAACUACCUCGUGCGUGUUGGCAAUGCCUUGCAAAACAUCUUGAAUGCCGCAGCCAGGGCGGCUGAGAUUUCGGCCGCGUCGGCGAGUGUGGCAGCAGGUCAAGACGCCCCACGGCUAGCUCGACCCAGUGGAGUUCCAGCCAAUGCCGGUGCUUCUCUUGGGGUUCAAGCCUCGUUUGUUCUCUACAUGGUUGAACAUUGCAUGAUUCCAUCAUUGUGGAACUUGUUGACAGCUGAGUACUCGCACCUAGCAAGUUGGGUAGUCCCUCUACUUCUGCAGACUCUAACCGUGCCUGGAAUGGCUAACGUCUUCUGGCACCUCAUCGAACAAGAAUGCACCCAUGUGGACUGGAAGGUUAGGUUCGACUGCAUGGAGAAGAUAUACUCACUGCUGCGACAGCUGGACGUCGCCGUUGUCUCCGGUUUCCACAAUGGACCGGCAUCGAAGGGUCUAACAAUCGGACGUCUAGCGGCUUCCUCUACGGUGAGCAACAGCGGUGCUGGAAGCGGAGGUGGUCUCGCAGCUCGCGCUGGUCGUCGUGUCGGAGCAUUCAAGGGACAUAACGCGAACGCCAACUCGGCGUCGAAUGCUUCAGGGGGAUAUGGAAGCAACCUUCUGUGGGGAGGAGGGUAUUCACGGGGAAUGGAUGGAGCCACAAAUGGCGCAUUGGGGCCCAUCCAUCCCUUUGUAAUUAAUGCAAUUGCACACCUCUUCUCGCGUCUGAUUGGUUCCCUUGAUGACUACAGUUCAGUCGUGGCUCAGAGAACGUCUUAUCAUCUCAAUGGCCUUGACGACAAUGCACUGAGCGUGAGUAUUUGUCGCGCAUAUUCAAUCUCGUUACACCACGUGGACGAGAAAUUGCAUUCGCGUUAUCAUCCAAUCAGAUUUCUUCCCCUGGUUAAAGCUUAUUUUGAUUAUGAUAUGUCUCUUUUUUGCACACCUCUUAAGUGCUGUAUCCAAUGCCUCGAGUACCACUUCGACACCAUAGCUUCUGAUCGCACAGUUGUUUUACAACGGAUGCAGCAACUGAGUUCCGCCCUCCCGAAUCGCCAGAUAUUCACCUGGGAUUUCUUUAUUGACAGAUUCGGUAUCCUUUCAAUAGGUGCGCAAAUAUCUGGCAAAACCAAUCCCGAUAUUGACUCUGUGACCGACCUGAAUAACAUGAACAAACGCGGCGAUGCAUUUCAACAGCAGUUCAAUCGAGCAGUUUUCGCCGCAUCGGGAGCUGGCAUGUUGCCUUCAGUUAGCAGUCAGACGCGGUACCACAAGGAAGACGACAAACGCCACGAGAAUGCUGAGGUCACGAAAACUUCUGAAUCGAAGGUCCAGCCUCAGAAUUCCUCGCUGAAGCACACAGGUGGGCCGGGAUCUGCUGAGUUUAUGGAUAGCGCAAAUAAAUUUCUGUCCUCUCUGCAACUGAAGUUGGACCAGGAGGGCUCGGACCGGGCCACGCUGCACCUGUGGGUCCAGCUGCUGUUGCGUUUCAUGGCCGUCGUCGACAUGGACAGCGGCGGGCAAGGCAACAAGACACGCAGGGGCGUCUCUACAGACGAGAUCAGGGACAAAAAGGCCCUUUCAAAAGUCCAGCGUCACCUCGCGCUACUUCUUGGCUACGCCGACCAGGCUUUCAACAUUCCGCCGUACAAAUUAAGGUGUGACUCUCAUGGUCCUGCAGGUGUGCGCCUCGCCACAGCGCUACGCCAACGACAGCCAGGCGCCGAAUUUUACACUGCGACUCCUCGAGCCCCACGUCAGGCACCAUUGGCUAAACACACUCAUCGUCAUCCUCUACAAGGCAAGUGUGUUCACAGGUUUACGCUAACACCCCCAAGCCUUGGCAUUCACGUUUGUGUUCCACGGACGUGGUCCAACAAAAUGGCAACUUAG